AUGAUCAGGCUACUGCGGCCUUUCCAAAAUAAAAGCAGACUAGUCUUGCAUCGGUGUGAAGCUCCCAAAACCACCACCACGCAGGCAACAACCAUCCCAGUUCCAUGGAACACUCGACUAAGAGAGCUUUCCAAACAAGGCCACUACCAACAAAGCCUCACUGUCUAUCGCAAAAUGCUCCGUUCCGGGGCCGCCCCAAAUGCUUUCACCUUCCCCUUCACACUCAAGUCCUGCGCCGCACUCUCGAUUCCCAUCACCGGCACACAACUUCACUCUCACGUCACCAAGACCGGGUGCUUGUGUGAACCCUUUGUCCUAACCGCAUUGAUUUCUAUGUACGCAAAAUGCCUUCUAAGUGAAGACGCUUAUAAGGUGUUCGACGAAAAUCCACUGUGUAAGAAGCUGACUGUCUGUUACAAUGCUUUGAUUGCUGGGUACGUUCAGAAUUCAAAUCUUUUAAAUGGGGUCUCGUUGUUUUGUGAGAUGAGACGAAUGGGUGUCUCAGUUAAUGCAGUCACAAUGGUAGGAUUGGCCUCAGGGUGCACCAAUCCGCUGCAUAUGAGCUUUGGAAUGUCUCUACAUUGUUUGAGUUUGAAGAGCGGUUUUGACAAUGACUUGGCUGCUGAGAAUUGUUUACUUUCAAUGUACGUCAAAUGUGAGUCAAUACAACUUGCUAGAAAGCUGUUUGGUGACAUUCCUGGGAAGGGUUUGAUCACUUGGAAUGCAAUGAUAUCUGGAUAUGCACAAAAUGGGCUUGGUACCCAUGCUUUGGAUCUUUAUUAUGAGAUGGAAUCAUCAGGUAUAAGCCCCAAUGCUGUCACGUUUGUUGGGGUUUUAUCAUCUUGUGCUAACCUCGGCGCUCGGAGAAUUGGUCAGGAAGUUGAGCAAAAGAUAUGGAACUUGGGACUUGGAUUUAAUCUUUUUUUGAAGAAUGCACUGAUUAACAUGCAUGCUAGAUGUGGUAAUUUAGUCAGAGCUCGUGCCAUUUUUGAUGAAAUGCAUGAGAAAAGUUUAGUAUCUUGGACAGCUAUUAUUGGUGGUUAUGGCAUGCAUGGGCAGGGAGAUAUUUCCGUGGAGCUUUUUGAUGAGAUGAUUAGGACCGGCAUUCAGCCGGAUGGACCAGUGUUUGUGACUGUGUUGUCUGCCUGUAGUCAUGCUGGAUUGACCAACAAGGGCCUGGGUUAUUUUGCUGCAAUGCAGAGGGAUUAUGGUGUCAAGCCUAGUAUAGAGCAUUACUCUUGUGUUGUGGAUCUUUUAGGUCGGGCAGGUCGACUCGAGGAUGCUCGUAAACUUAUUGACUCAAUGCCUGUGGAACCCGAUGGAGCUGUAUGGGGUGCCCUUCUUGGCGCUUGCAAGAUUCAUAAGAAUGUCGACUUAGCAGAAUUAGCUUUCCAUGAAGUUGUCAAACUUGAACCAACGAACAUUGGUUAUUAUGUGCUACUGUCUAACAUGUACACUGAGGCUGAGAAUCUUUCUGGUGUCUUGAGAAUCCGAUUGAUGAUGAGAGAACGGAAACUUAAAAAAGAUCCGGGCUGUAGCUAUAUUGAGUUCAAAGGGAAGAUUCACCUCUUUGUGGCUGGGGAUAGAAGUCAUUCUCAGUCAGAUGAAAUACAUUCAAUGUUGAGCAAGUUACAAGAUCUUAUUAAGGAACUUGAUGGGACAAAAAAAUAUAAUGAUGAGAAAUCGGAUAGGGAACUUUCAAGUGGUGUGGGAGUGCACAGUGAAAGGUUGGCAAUUGCAUUUGCAUUACUGAAUACUGAAAUCGGGGUUGACAUUCUUGUGAUAAAAAACUUGAGGAUGUGUGGUGACUGUCACUUGUUCAUUAAGAUGGUAAGCAAAAUUGUGGACCGUCAGUUUGUGGUAAGGGAUGCUACUCGUUUCCAUCAUUUUAGAGGUGGAGCUUGUUCCUGUAAUGACUACUGGUAAGACCAGAAAUCGGAGUAAGAUGGCUUAUCAGAGGAGGACAUGAUUUCAUCACACCUAAAGGAAAAAGAGAAUUUUGCCUUGAGGUCAAAGAGAUUGAGCCUUAAGGUCAAAAAGAAUGAGCCCUCGGAUUGGCCUUGACUACUUUGAAGCACAAUGUGGCUGCAGAAGUUAUUUUCUGAAGAACUACGUUGAUGAAUUAGUUUAAGGAACAAGUUAUUUUGUGACUGCGAUUUUACGUGUUUUUGGAGCAUCCACCAAUGGCUGAUGUGGCAGUUGUUGAAGGUUUAUCAGGAGAUUUGGAUAAAUGCACAAUCGAAUAUGAUGCUUCUGCAUAGGGUGAUUGAUUGCAAAAAGUUUUAUUGGUAUGCCAUGUUGUAUCUGUGAUUCAUUAAAGGUACAUCAGGUUUCAAUGGUUGUACAUUGCAUAGUGCAGGAUUUUAUGUCAACCACAACA